AUGAAAUAACAAGCACUUUAAAUAUCUCCGAAUAAAUUGUAUGCUAGUUUAUUAAAAAAAAAAAAUGAAAUUGAGUAGUAGCAAAAAAUUGUUAAAUCUCCUAUUAUUUAAGGGAGCCCUUUUAUUAAUACACAAAAGUAAAAAGGAUUCGUUAUUUUAGAAAUGGCACUUCUGGUUAAGUGAAAAUAGAUUCGAAAAAACAAAGGCCAACAAGUGGGAAAGAUAUGAAAGAUAUUAGCACAGUUUUAUUUAAAAAAACUCAUGUACGUUAAAAUAGUAAAAUUAUUGAAACAAAAGAGAAUACUUAAAAUCUAACUUAAUCAGCAUUAUAACUGUUGUAAAAAAUAAAGGCUGAUAGACCUGAUAGCAAAUUAGGAUAAAUAAAAACCUCAAAAGAAAUAUUACAAUAUCAUUAGCAAUUAAUUGAAAAAUAAUAUUAAAAACUGCUUGACUUAUCCAAAUAAGCUGAGCACCAUUAGUUAUCAUAACAAUAGCACUUUAAAUAGAAACUAUUCAAAGGGCCUCGCUCUAUUAGUAAUCCAGAUAUCACUACUCUCCAAUUGUCAAUUUUAAAAGCUCAUGCCAAAUCGAUUCCAGGCAUGCUUUAUACUGGCUAAACCAAAAUUAACCAGGACGCCUAUAAACUAAUUUAAAAGUUCGGAACCAAGGAAAAUGAUUGGUAUCUUUAGGUAUCCGACGGUCAUGGGACAAACGGACAUUAAGUUGCAUAGUUUGUUCAAGAGAUUCUACCAGCCUACAUAGAAUAAGAAGUAUUGUAAUCUCCAUAUUAUUAUGACAGAGAUAAGUAAUUUAAUAGCACUAAUUCAAAAUAGAACAAUAUCCAAUAUUUUCAAAUAAUGUUUCUUAAAAACGAACGAAGAUCUACUGAAUUCCGGCAUUGAUGUCACCUAUUCCGGAGCCACUACCGUUGUAGUCAUAGCAUUUGAGAACAUCCUCUAUUGUGCUAAUAUUGGAGACAGCAGAGCAGUAUCAAUUUUAACACUAAUGUAGAUAAUAGGAAGAUACGAUACAAAAUUAUCUGUUGUUGAAUUAUCAAAAGAUCACAAACCUGAUUGUUUUUUAGAAUAAGCUCGAAUAAUUCAAAGGGGAGGCAGGGUUCAAGCAUACAGUGACGAAGAAGGUAAUCCCAUUGGGCCAGCCAGAGUGUGGAAAUCUGAUGAAGAUGUACCUGGGUUGGCCAUGUCUCGAAGUUUUGGGGAUUACGUUGCUAGUUUAGUUGGAGUGAUAUGCGAACCAGAAAUCAUUAAACAUUAAUUGUUGCCCACAGAUAAGUUCAUAAUCGUGGCUUCGGAUGGAAUUUGGGAGUACUGUUGUUAAUUAAUAAAGAUUUUUGUCUAACGAAUGGGUUAUUGAGACUGUGUAUGAAUUCUACAAGAAGGGGGAUUGCAUAGGAGCUUGUAAUAAGUUGGUACAAGCAGCCAAAGAGGCAUGGCAGGUGGAGGAUGAAGUAAUUGAUGACAUUACUGUCAUUAUAGCAUUUUUGAAAUGA